AUUUCCCCCCACACUUUUGUGGGUCGAUAUCCACGCGGUCGUUUCCAAAGGUUGGUCGUCGCUCUCCUCUCCAUGCCUGCAGAGUCUGAUGGAUCGACACAGUCGGUCCUUCAUGGUCGUGAUGGCCCCACCUCCGUAUUGAAAGGAAGUCGAUGGUGCUCCAAGGGAGCAGGCUCGCCGCUGCGUUCUGUGCAGUACGUACGUGCUCGAGAUCACAUUGAGGCCUUCGGUCACUGCCCGUGCCCUCGCUGCCCCAAGCGUCGACGGAUCCCUCGUCGCCGUCGUCGUCGUCAUACUCUUACUCGUUCGACUCCGCGUGGUUGAGGCCAGUGGGACCCCCUCCCUAUGGACCAGUGUGGAGCCGUUCAAGGGGCCUCCUUCUAUAUACCCUCUUCGACCCCUUCUGACUCUGGGUCCACUGUUAGCCCUCUCGGGGCAAUAUCUGGAUUCUCUGACUGCUCUUCUGGCUCCUGCUGGAGCUUUGUGGAGUCUUCUCAAGGCGCUACAGGAGCAAGAUUUGGUAGUCGUUUUGUCUUUGCAGGUAUUGGCUCUUGGGUCACGCAGAAGACACUUCAGUACAUCACCAGCACCAUCAUAGCAGGUCUUGCCCUGUGAGUAUAAAACACAUCGUUGUGUACACGGGAUCGUUGCCCUGGGACCGUAGAUCUUUGAUUGAGCGAGGGUUGGCAUGGGAUCGCAGAUCCACUAUAUUUUGAUGGUCGUAGUAACAGGAUCCGGUGAUGUGUUGUCCACAUAUCGUACGUGUUGGAGCUCCGGCGCACAGUGUUCUACGAGGAAUGUUGGUCCAUGGAUCCAGCAGGAUCUGCGACGCGUAAUGUUUGCAGACGUAAGCUAGACGUGGACAUACAAGCAGACACAUAAUCAAAUUCGGUCGAUGGAGAAGUAAGCGAGAGAAAGGACAUGCUGAAUGGAGACACGCAGAACCGUAUCAUGCACACCCAUCGUUGCCAGCACCCGUCAGGGCACGUCGAGCGCGUUCAGCCGGCAGGCAAAGCGGCUGCAGUGGGAGAUGCGGUGGCAGCAGUACCGCGCCGCCGUCCUUGCUGUCUUACUGGUCGUCUGGGCCAUCGGCCUCGCAGUGCUGCGCGAGCACGCGUUCGGCUACCUCGCCGCCACCUCUGCGGUCGUUCCUCCGAGCAAAGAGGAUGCAAGAGUGAGAUGUUCGUUCGCGGGACCUUCUUGGGGGCUAUUUAUCAGGGGCAACGAUAGGGGGGGAUAGGCAC